CUCCGCCCUCCCCCUCGCCAAAAACCAGGUCCCUUAUCUUCCUCUCUUCCCUCCUAUUUGGCCCGUCUCUUUCAUCUCUACUUGCCCCCAUGACUCCCUCUAUCUCUCCUCUUCAACUCCCCCUUCAUUUAGGCCACCAAAACCUGGCGAAACCACCAUUCAUUUUCUCUUUUCCUCUUUCUAUGUCCACAAGUUUCAAACAAUAAACAUGACUGCGUGCGUAUAUACGCAUUUGAAAUUUAGUAUGUGCAAACAUGAUUGCUUCAACCAUAAUAGUCUCAUUAUCCAGUCGUUUCUGGUCCCUAUUCCAUUCCCCAGGAGAUGUACAUCCAGCUACUGUCUCCUCUGCUCAGUCUCCAGUCAGUUCUGCACGUGGACGUAAGACAGAGACAACUGGACUGCGUCAGCAACGUACUCCAUUCCAGUGGCCAGAGUCUCGGUUCGAGUUGGGACGUCAUUCUCAAUGUCAUCAAGUCGGCCGCUUCCCUCAGCAGUGAGGCCCUAGUGCGGAGUGGUUUCCAGAGUCUCCAGCUGGUGGUGGCGGACUUCCUCCCCCACCUCCCUCCGCCCUCCCUCCCCACCACCCUCCACGUCUCCACGCGGUACGGACUCCAGACCGUCGACAUCAACAUCUCCCUCUCCUCUGUCGGACUCCUGUGGAGUAUAGCAGAUCACCUGUACCAGAACAAGGAGACGAUAAGAGUUGGACUGGAGGGUCUCCGGAGGGGAACCGGCUCUGGAACCAGUCAGUCCGGUCUGACCGGUUUCGAGAAACGAGUUAUGAGCUCGCCACUCCCAGUUUUUGACGUCCUAUGGGUGGACAUGUUCAGAGGUCUGUCGGAGCUGUGUGCAGACGAGAGGGCAGCGGUGAGGAAGAGCUCAGCACAGACCCUAUUCUCCACCAUCUCUGCUCACGGAACUCUCCUCCAUACGCACACCUGGGAGACUGUCCUGGGAGAGGUUCUGUUCCCGCUGCUGGAGAAGGUUCACACGGCGACGAGGGAGGCCAGUACCAGCAGUCUCCAGAGCUCCGCCCUACUCAUCCACCACACCCGGGACUCCGCCAAGAAACAGUGGGCGGAGACUCAGGUCCUCACACUCAGUGGGACCGCAAGGUUGUUCCAGUCUCGCUGGGACAAACUGGUGUCUCUACCAAACUUCUCCAAGACAUGGACCACUCUGCUCUCCACCAUUAAACUCUGCGCCAGCAGCACCAGUGUCGAGGUGUCAGUGGCAGCAACAAACAGUUUCCUGAGCAUCGUAAACACAGAGACAAUUGAAACCAAAACUGAAACUUCUCAACAACAACAACAAGACAACAACGGGAGUGGCGGUGGAGAGGGCGUGGUACUAGUGAGGCCACACCCAGUCUCCCUCCCGCCGAAAUUGAAACGCCACGUCUGGAAACAAGCCUGGGACACUUGGAAUGGAAUCGGGACCGACUGCGUGGCCCGGCGCCUCCCGGCACUGGAGGGUCUCCAUUCCAUUCUGAAGACCCCUCUCAACAUGGAGAGAGUCGACCGGUUUUUCCUCAGCAUACCAUCGCAGAAAUUUCUCGUGAACCUUCUCAAAAUUUUCCUCCACAUUCACGACCACAUGAAGGGAGAUUUCACUACCAAGGACUUUGCACUGCUGACUGGCGUGUUACAUGCAGCCCUCCCCAUGCCCAUUUCGAAAGACGUGUCUCCAUUUCUGGUCCCCUCGGCCAGCGAAAACGUGAUGAGCUCGCUACACGAGCUCGUCCUUCGCUGCGUCGGUGCCGUGUUCUCCAAGACUGACGUUUUCGACGAUCCGGCCUCGGGAGAUGGUGCACCAGAGGUGAAAUCCCUACUUGUUAAGAAGCCCCACGUGGUCGACGUUCACCGGGUGUUGCCCGUAGCGACGGACAAACCUCGGGUUUCGUUCUACCCGCUCGCCGUCACAGAACUUCUUAAAUUCUCCCUCCUUGCCGCGGAGCCCCCCAUUUUCAUCAGGAACAGUAGAGGAGCACCACCAGCCUCUCUGCCGUUCAUGGGCGUCAACUACGCACCGUUUGGUCUCGCAGCCCAGGCUCUGGCGGUGCAGCUAUACCGGUCCUGUGUGCUCGCGGGAGUCAGUCUUCCAUCUGAGGUCCCCGAGCUCUUUUUGAAGUCCCUGUUGCCAGCACUGAAACUGAAGCACUCUCUGUCGGUGGCUCCUCAAGUGUGGACAAGAACUGUGUCCUCUCUUCUAGUGGUGCUCCAGACUUCCCUCCCUCUACUUCUCCAACAAGGUCCGGGAGCCAAUGAGGGGUUCUGGGCACUACUGGCUACCACACUUGAGGAAUUUCUCUUCAUCCCAAUUCCAGAAGGUAAGGAGAUGACUGGAGAGAAGCUUAGAGAUUGCGAAAACCUUGAUAUGAAGCUGAUAGAUCUGCUAAGAAAAGACCUCCUGCCAUUGUCCCAGAAAGCCCCACCCAGUUUCCUCCGCAGACUAACUGCAGUUCUCAACAGAGGAUCAAUACAUUCUGCCACUGACGGUGUUGCUACAGGUCCGUUCAGGGAGAAUUUUGCAAGAGUUUGUUUCGAAGCUCUGCUGCAGUUCUCCUUCAUUCACAGUCAGGACUCUGUCGGAUCCUCCACCUCCCAGUUAGCUCUCAGUGCCCUACUAGAGAGAUGCGAAGGAGUUCUGACAAAGUUUGUGGCCGACGAGCACCUCAGUGGGGCCUGCCCUCUCCCUCGGUCGAGAAUGAACGAGGUGUCCUUGGUACUGAAAUCAGUCUCCAUCCUCAUAUCAUCACUGAAGGAUGCCCAGAAGGAACACGCCAAUAGAGUGGACAGAGGUGUCUGGAGGCAGGUGGCUCAUCUCUACCCAGCCCUCGUCCAGUGCGUCACGUGCAACUCGUCAGAAGUCAGAACUACUCUCAAAGAAGUUCUAGAUCAAUUCUCAGACUUUAUCACCAUGACUAUGGCCAAUCAGUAGUCCAAGUAAUAAUUUAAUCUCACGCCAGUUUUGUGUACUUGUAAAAAAAUUUAGUUUUUUUCCAUUUUUCAAAACGUGGGCAGUUGAUUUUUUUUCAGAAACUUUCAUUUGAAUACAGCUAGGGUGUGGUGAUGAAUUGGAAAGAAAAACCAGCAACGAAAAAUAGCACACACACACACAUACACACAAAUGCUAUGUACACAAAAUUCCAGUGUGAAAUGUAAUGGGUGGAAAGUGAAGGUGUUUUAUAGAAGCUAAGAUGCUUUCUCUGAACAAGUGACUGAAUGAAAAUGAAACAGAAAGUCUAGUGGGGUGGCGAGCUAGAGAAUGGUGCACGUGUCUGCUGAUCGCCUGUAGUGCUUCUUUUUCCUACGCGGAGAGCGGCGAAGUGCCAGUUUUGCCGCCGUUUCGAACACCUCUCUUGUUCCGUCGCGGUACAUUGCGGAGCACUCUAUGAAGUCCUUGGCUCCUAUUGCCUCGGCUGCUUCUAGACCCUGACUUGUAGUGAUGAAUUCCUCUCUCGCUUCGAGUUGACUUGCCGCGAUUAAUUUCUCUCUUGCUUCUUGUUGAGAGCCGGUGAAAGAAGAGUUCUUGGCAAGAUUCACACGUGACCGAUGCGAGAGUUCGACUUUACACACUUGCUCGUCUCGUAUGUCUUUUUUGGUUCCAACGAGAAUGUAUGGAACUCUAGGAACUGCCUGAAGUAGCUCGGGGACCCAGUGAUCUUUUAUGGCUUUCAGGCUCGCCGGGCUGUCGGCGGAGUAGCACAGUAUGGCCAGGUCCAUUCUGUGGUAGGCACAGUUUCGGAAUUGGGCAAAAGUCGUUUCGCCCUGCCACUUCGACGACAACGAGCUCGAUUUUCUCUCCGAGGAUGUCUGCGUCGGUCAUGCAAGAGGUGAGGAUGGUUGGCACAUAGACCUCGGAGAAUUUAUCUCGACAGUAUGCAGAUAUGAGGCUCGUUUUCCCGCUGCACAUAUCCCCUACGACAACUAUCUUACGCGGUCUCCUGCGUCGCGGACGAUGACGCUGCUUCCGGCGUUUUACGCGUUGCUGUGACGGACUGGAAUCGUACGGACGACGGACCGUUGAGGAACGGCGACGAACCACGUAACUAGUGGGUAAGGCCGUACUUUUCCUUCGUGCGGUCUGGAUUACAACGCUGCUUCGUCGUCUCCUGGCGAGGCUUCCCCGUCUUGCGCACGAGCUCGGUCUCCUUCGACUGCCCCUACGCAUACUAGCCCGGUACGAGCUCCUCCGUCGAAUGAGCGUUCUCGCAUUCGCAACGCUCGCGCGUCUCGCGAGUGGUGGGUCUGCAAGUUCAUGUCGUUCCUCCCCUUCUUUCUCUCCGCCUUCUGAGGAACUGUCACGAGAAGAAGACGCUGCUACGGUGGUCGCGGGGAGGUCGUAUACGUUUCUUCUUCGUCACUGCUACUCGUACUCCCUCCAUCUGACGCUCCGGUUUCGGAAAAGUUACGUAGUAGACUCUGCAACAGUAUCGGAGGCAGUUCCUCAUCUUGUUCCUUGUCCUCCCCCUCCUCCUUUUCUCUCCUCGCUCUCUCCGUCCCACGUUUGAUCGAAGUUGGGCUGCGCCAACCUUCCCUCGCGACCGGGAUGCUCCGGAAUUGGGCGAAUCCUGGCGAAGUGUACGGGGGGCGGGGACCCUUUGGCCCGACUCACCCUCCUGAGCGGUUGGCGGAACUUUGAAGAUCUGCGAAAUGGAUUGGACCUGGAAAAGUCCAAACUGCUCUCCUCUUCGCUCGGUGCCGGCGCUGCUGUCGAUCGCUCGGGAAUCCGAAAAUGGACUUGUCGUCGCGGCGGCCGCGACGCUGCGACUUCGGACGGCCUGCGGAGCGUUUUUGUUUUCUUUUUCGAGCGUCCUGCGGCCAUCAGCUUCACACUGCGAGCCUUGAGUUUCUUGAUGGCUGUGAAGGCGACUGUUUCGUCGGCGGCCUCGCUGCGAUCGCCGACGACGGGGUCUAUCCGGAUUUUCUGUCCGGAGGUGCCCACCUCGCAUCCCGUAGCUCCCGCUGCAGAGUAAGUAGCUCC